CGGGGCAGCAGGACGGCGAGUCAGUGUGCCGGUGCCCCUCCCCGAGUGCCGACAUGAAGUGGGUCUUAGUGGUGGCAGCGGUGGUUGGCGUGGCGGCGAGGACCAUCUUCGACUACGAGCGAGAUGGCCUGGAGAACGAGCAGAAGGGCCAGCCAGGGCAGGCCGUGACGGGGGAGUACGAGUGGAGAGCCCCAGAUGGUAAGGUGGUGGAGAUCUCCUACGUCGCCGACCACCUUGGCUUUCGCCUCGUGGACGACCCCGAGCCGACCGCGACCCAGUCAGGUGCCGCACGAUCCCUGGGGGAGGAGGAGGAGGAGGAGAAGAGGAGGGGCGGAGACGACGGAGGAGCGCGCGAAGUGAGGACCGAAGAGGAAACAGAGGAAGAAGAAGGAGAGGAGGAGUCGGAGGGCAGAUCUGAGGGGACGGAAGAGGAGGAGAGCGAAUCCUCCGGCAAGGAGAAGUCCGAGGAACCCGAGGAGGGCGCUGAAGCGGAGGAGAAGUCGGCCGAACCCGAGGCCGAGGAGGCCGAAGCGGAGGGACAGGAGCCAGAGGCCGCGGAAGCCGAGCAAGGUAAGGCGGACGCAGAGGCAGAGGAAAAUGCCGGAGCCGAGGGAGCGGCCAAAAAGGCGUCGGAAGAAAGCGCUACUGCUGACGAGGUCGAGGCAGAGAGCGAAGCGGCCGGGGCAGAAGCCGAGGUAGCCGAGGCUGGAGGAGAGCCCGCGGGCAAGCAGCUGAGCUCUGGGACGCCUGUCCUCGUCCCGGUGAAGGUCGAGUCUAACUUCGAUUCCGUUUCUCUCGCGACUGAAGCGCCGGUGAUCGCCACGGCGGAAAUGCUGCCGCCUGUGGCUCCCUUGGUCGCCCCGAUGACUGUCGAGGCUCCUGCGGCCCCUGUGCCUUCUGCAGAAGUCUCCUUCGAUGCUGCUCAUAGCGCGUCUGCAAACCUGGUACCUCAAGACCUUGUCCUCUUUGUAAUUCCUCCUGUCGAGCAAUUCGUCACAGUGCCUGAUGUUUCCCAGCCAGCUCCUGCCACGGCGCCUUUCGCUUCCGCUGCAUCCGCGCUUCCCCUGGAAAUCCCUCAGCCCGCUUUUACUGAUUCUGAUCUGGUUCUCACGGAGCAAGGGUCAGAGGAACCGGUGCUGCUGCUGCCAGAGCUUCCUCUCGCUCUCGUGGCAUCUCCUGAAGGCACCAAUGUGGUUCUCGAAAAGCCUGUUUUCGAGAAAGUCGAAGUUUCAGCUCCCAUUGGAGUGCCUGAAAUCGACUCCGACAUUGCUGUGAUCGCCAAGUCCUAUGAUUCCGUCCAGGCAGCACCUCAGUUCCUCGCCACAGACCUCUCCGGGAGCUUUGACCCAGUUGCAGACAUACCAGCAUCAUUAUCAGUGAUACCAGCCUCGGACACUGCCUUUGUGCCCGUGGAAAACAUCCCCAAAAUGAUUCGCUUUGAGGAAGUUGUAGAGGUGAGUCCUGAAGUGGCACUGGCUCCUGAACUCCCUUCCCCGCUCCCGCUGAUCCAGCUUGACGAGGUGGAUCCUUCCUUCGUUUCCGUUGAAAUCCCCGCCGCGCCCCUCCCGCAGCCGGACACAAAGCCUUCUUCUCUGUUCGGCGCCGACGUCGAGGUCCUUCCCGAGCCGCAGUUCAUCGCGCCGAUCGUGCCUCCUCCGUCCCCGCUGUCCCAAGACGACGCUCCCUUCGCGCUUCCUCCCCAUCGCUUCGAGGCUCCGAAGUCCGGUCGGUCGAUGGACAGCGUCCCGGUCUUCGUUGAGAGCUCCCAUGCUGAACCCAUCAACGCACUCUUCUUCGUUCCAGAGGCACUGCAGGAGGAAUCGAAAGGCCUGUCCUUGGAGACGAUAGAAAUCGUCGUUCCUGAAGACAGCAUCAUGACUGUUGCAAAAUCCCUCGUCCAGCCUCCGACCAUGCCCGCCGAGCCUGUUGUCUACAGGGAAACGGAAGUGGAGACCGUCGAACCUCUUCUGACACAGCUUGAGUUCGGCCCCGCGCCCUCUCCCACAGGGGCCGAAGCAAGUCAGGCUCAAGGCUCAGUCUCAUUUGCGAAUUCUAUUCCUUUAUCACUCAAGGACGAGAUCCUUUUCUCGGCCGCUGACGCUUCUCCGCUCACACUUGACGCAAGCCCAGUCGAAAUCACGUUCGUUGAGGUACCUGCCGAGGAUCCCUUCCCAGCCUUACCCGAAGCUAUUGCCCAGCCACUGACGGGAAUGCAACCUGGCGCGCAAUCAGCCUUUGAGGAGCCAGUUCUGCUCGAUGUCAGUGCAACGGCUGAAGUGCAGGUUCCCGAAGUGUCAGCUCCAACGGUUGCCAUUUUCGAAACGGACGCGGGACCUGAGCCCGUUUUUGAAGAAGUAGUAAUGAUAUCAGAAGAACCAGCAGGGGCGGGACCCAGGACCAAGGUAACCAUCAUCACAGACGACGCCCCAUCAGACCCCUUAGAUUACGAUGACGCAACAGUCCUCGUAUCGAAGAGCGUCCAGAGUCCUCCUCUUCUUCCGCCUCUGAUGAAGCCGUCGGUAAUACUGAAUUAAAUACCGGUCCAUGAGGCGAAUUUUAUACAGAUUAUUUUAUAUGUAACUAUGUUAUAGGUCUAUAAAGACAAAAGAGAGACCUUUGAUUAACAAGGUUGUUGCAAUAUAUAUAUUCACGAUUUCGUAGAAUCGACUCACACUAAGGACUGUAUUGCAACUCCUUGUAAUCAUCGCCUUAUCUCAAUAACUACAAAAUAGAUGAAUAUAUAAAGAAUGAAUCGAAGUAACAAUUAUGGAAAUUAUUUAUAUAUGUCCACUCUAUAUACAUGAAGAUACACAUCCAACUGUCUCGUGCACAUGAAGGCACGGGCAAUCACGCAGGGACACCAGCCCAUGGGAAAUGAAAUACGCGAAGGAACACAUAAAGACACAAACGAUUCGUGUCCACACACGAACACACACACGAAUACAACUUUUGUACGCACAAGUACAGGUACUUCUGUAUAUUGCGCAUGUAUAGCUGUCCUAGAUGUCCUGCAAAUAUUAAAUUCUAUAAAUGAGAACUUAGGUAGACCUACACAUUUAUGUAGCCUAAACAGAGGAAAAGGAAAGAGAAGUGUGAUGCUUCUGUGCAAUUAGCAGUGUGUGAUACAGGCUUUGACAUGCGUCCCUAUAAAGCAUUAUGCGAGCUCAUAAUUAAAGCACUCUUAAUUAGG